UUUGCAAACCUUGGAGGGGUUGCCCCUUCACCCAUAGCAGUACCUGCAGAUGAAAAUGGGAAACAGGAGCCAUGCCCCAACACACCCCUCCAGUGUCUGAAAGGUGAUGUGGAGUUCUGGGACCCUCCUGUGCUAUUGAGACCUCCCUUCAGUGUGCUGACUGAUUGGGCAAGGGAGGAACUGGAUUGCCCCUGUGAGAGAACAAGAACCAGCACUCCUGUCUAUAGUGCCAGAGGUCUCAAACAACCCUAGGGAUCACCACCUGUUGUUGAGGAAGAGUCCCUAGCAACAGCAGAAGUAAAUAGCUCCAAGGGCUUGGCUGGCUGGAGGCAGAUGGGACAGCAUUCUAUUAAUGUGUCCCAAGAAUUCACUCACAGCCCUCCUGCACUGAUAGAGGGGACAAGGGUCAGCAAUGUGGGCACUGAGAGAGGAAAUAAUGCGAGGUUUUAUGUGGACUUGCCAUGAGGUCAAGGGUUCUUUCCACCCAGGGACCCACAUGUAAGAGGUCUUCUACGUAUCCCCACCACUAGAUUUGGGAUAAUAAUGGAACUGCCUCCAGGAAAUACGAGAAUGGCCAGUAAUGAAAGGAUGGCUCCUGUUUCUUUCUCACUAGGAGGUUGGAACCCCGUGGGGUAUUGGUCAAGGCCUAUAUCCUUGUCUUCCUGCACUUCAGGUUUACCUGCCUGCACUACUGAUCAUUGCUUCAUACCUCCUCAACCUCUGAGUUUCAAUCCAUUUCUCACUAUGCCUACUGCUUUUGCUCCUCCUGUGGUGGUAGUGCAAUGA